AUGAGCGUAAGGGACCAAGGCACCGACGAAAUCAAGGGAGCAGAAUCCUUCUACAGGCAGUGCCAGAGCAAGGAUGAUAAAGUCGAAACACUGAGUGACGACGUGAAAGAAUUGAAGAAGAGACAAAGCGUAAGGGAAAAGGGCAUUGACGGCAAUAAGGUAGCAGAACCUCUCUAUAGGCAAGGAAAAAGAAAUGUCAAAGCCGAAAUGAAGAGCGACGGCACGAAGCAAGCGAAGGUGGCUGGUCUCAAGCAAUCAAGAAGGGAUGAGCAAGAAUUCAUUCAGUCUGAACCCAUGUUUUAA